CAACACGCAUCUUCUAAAGUUUCUCACACCAGAUAUUUUGAAGCGAGGCAGCAGCUGCAGCAGCCGAUAUGGUUCUGAAGACUGAACUCUGCCGAUUCAGUGGGGGCAAGAUCUACCCUGGAAAAGGCAUUAGAUUUGUACGAGCUGAUUCUCAGGUCUUCUUGUUUGCCAACUCAAAAUGCAAGAGGUACUUCCACAACAGAUUGAAACCUUCGAAGCUCACCUGGACUGCCAUGUACAGGAAGCAACACAAGAAGGACAUUGCCCAAGAAGCUGUGAAGAAAAGGCGUCGUGCCACCAAAAAGCCUUACUCUAGGUCUAUUGUUGGUGCAACUCUGGAAGUUAUCCAGAAGAAAAGAACUGAAAAACCUGAGGUUCGAGAUGCUGCUAGAGAAGCUGCACUCCGUGAGAUUAAGGAGAGGAUCAAGAAAACAAAAGAUGAGAAGAAGGCAAAGAAGGCAGAGGUGAUGGCCAAGGCACAAAAAGCACAAGGCAAAGGAAACGUUCCCAAGGGCGCUGCCCCAAAAGGUCCUAAACUUGGUGGAGGUGGCGGGAAGCGCUGAGUUACGUUUUCUUUACCCUAAUUUUUAUUUUUGGGGCCAUUUUUGGCUGAGAAUUAGAUAGGGGGCUUUGAGACUUAUUCUGAUAAGUUAUAUUUUACUUGAUUUAUAUGUUAUAUUGAGCUUUUGUUUUGCUGUUUAGAGCACCAAAUUGAAUUUGAAUGCAUUUUCUCAGCAGUUAUUGGUUGUGUUCUUAUUUUA